GCGAGUAUAGUGUCAUCAUUAGCAAUUGUUUAUUGUGCAAUGGCUUUAUCAAAAGACUUGUGGAAUCUCACUUUUCCAAACUCACUCAAAAAUUACCAAAUUAUCCAGGUCAACGGCCAACGCAUUUACGGCCCAAGUGCAUCUUCCGGAAUUCGCCCUCCCCCUAAAGGCACGGAAAUCUUCAUCGGAAACCUCCCCCCGGAUUUAUAUGAAGACGAACUCAUCCCGCUCUUUAGCCAGAAAGGCGCUAUUUACAACUUGAGGCUAAUGCUGGACUUUUUUGGACGUAAUCGAGGAUACGGGUUCAUCUCGUAUUUCCGACAGGAAGAUGCCCAUGCUGCUGUGGCAGCUUUUAAUCACUACAAAAUUCGAAAUAAAAGUAGGAUUGCUGUUUCGAUGUCAGUGGAUAACCGCCGGUUGUUUAUCGGAAAUAUUCCCAAAAACAUUACCUUGAAUGAAAUUCAAUGCGUUUUGGAAAAAUUUGUCGAAGGCAUCGUCGACAUUAUUCUUUAUCCUGAGCCGUACAGUGAUAAUGUUAAUCGUGGCUUUGUUUUUGUUGAAUUUGAAAGCCACCGUUUAGCUGCAAUUGCCCGCAGGCAGUUGUCUCCAGGAAAUUUAAUUAUUAAGGAGAAAUCAAUUUUUGUUGAUUGGGCCGAACCUUUGCCGGUAGUUAGUCCGCAAAUAAUGAAGCAGGUCAGGAAAUUGUAUCUCAGCAACCUGCCACCGAUCUUGACUUCCGACGACUUGAAAAGCUUUUUAUGUGAGCUUUUAAACCCCAACCACAUCAUUAAGGUGCACAAAAUGAACAAUUUCGCUUUCGUUCACUUCACUCUUCGAAGAUAUGCCGAAGAAGCCUUCGAAAAACUAACAGGGCUAGUUAUAAUGAACAAAUUGAUCGCAGUCGAAUGGGCUAGGCCGAUUGAAUAUAGUAAACAACACCGUGGAGCGAGAUUGCCGGAUAAUUUUUGCAAGUCGGUCCCUCCUACUCUAAGAAGACUGGUCCAAAGCUCAGUUGAUAUGAGAAAUAGAAGUCGUCAAUCUCGGUCGUCUUUUACUGAUCAAAAUUCAGGAACAGAAUAUGACUUUUUUUCUGUUCUACAUCGUGGAAAUCCUACUGAAAUAUAAAAUGCAUUUGUGAAAUGAGUACGAAGAAGUGGAUGGCUUCAUCUGCCUUCUUUCAUUUGUAGUUUUUUAUAUAAUCUAGAAAAUCUAUUUUAAGUCAAUAUUUUAAAUCAAUAAUUGUAUCACAUUUCGUAAAGGUUUAUAAG